AUGAGUUCUUUGCACCGCUCUGCCAGCAGCUCCCAGGUUCCCUCUAUAUCCAACCCCAAACCAAAAGGCGAUUCCAGCGACACCAACAGUGGGAACAUCCAGCCAAAAUUGGCCUCGAACAGUCAUGGCACCCGGUACUCGAGCUCUGCAGCUAUCUCCGAGGGUAACACUGUCAAGUUCCAUGUUUCUGGCUGCGCCUAUUUCUGGGCGGUUUCAGAGGCAUUACUGAGGGCGACGGAAUCCGUCUGGAUCUUGGGAUGGUGGCUAUCGCCAGAGGUCUACCUGAGACGGCCUCCAUCCGAGAAUCAGCAGUAUCGACUCGAUCGGAUGCUUCAUGCAGCUGCCAAGCGGGGCGUCAAGGUCAACAUUGUGGUAUUUAAAGAGGUCAAGGAGAUCAUGAUCUUGGCCUCGAGGCAUACCAAGCGCGCAUUAGAGUCCCUCCACCCUAACAUCUCGGUCUUUCGGUACCCAGCCCACACUGAAAAUGCCCAAGACGUUCUCUCAUCGGCAAGAAGCAUAUUUGAAAGCAUAAAUGCGGGUUACUCUGCGGAUGUGGACCAUAUUUCAGAUAGGACACUCCAGACGCUGUUUGGCCUGAUAGGAGGACCGACUCUGCUAUGGGCUCACCACGAGAAACUGGUAAUUGUCGAUCAGCAGGUGGCGUUCUUGGGUGGCAUUGAUCUUUCUUACGGCCGCUGGGACCCAAUUCAGCAUCCGAUCGCUGAUGCCCAUUGUGACGUUGAGGAACAGAUCGUGUUUCCAGGUCAGGACUACAAUAACGGCCGAGUAAUGGACUUUAAGGACGUCGCCAACUGGGAGCGAAACGAGCUCCUUCGCCGCGCCACGUCCCGUAUGGGGUGGGAAGAUAUCUCUCUCAGUGUUACGGGUCCUGUUCUCGUCGACAUCUGUCAGUACUUCGUUGAUCGCUGGAACUUUAUCCACAGGAGGAAAUACAACAGUGGUUUGCCUUGUCUGCGGAAAUACAAGCCCUUGCCACCACCAAAGCCAUACAUUGCUAGCACAGGCGAGCCUGCUGGAUGGAUGAGAUGUCAACUGGUGUGCAGUGUAUCGCACUGGAGCCAUGGGACUCUGACUGAGCACAGCAUUUACAACGCGUAUCUCGACAUCAUCGACAAGAGCGAGCAUUUCGUGUACAUUGAGCAGCAGUUCUUCAUCACUGCCACUGACCAGUCACCCGGGUCUAUAUGGAACAAUGUCGGUGAUGCACUGGUUGAGCGUAUUAUUCGUGCUGCAAGAGACCAGAAACGCUACAAAGUCGUCGUCGUCUUGCCUGCAGUCCCUGCUUUUGCUGGCGACCUCCAGUCUCCCAUUGCCGGCAAGCCACCGCGAGCGCUCAUGAAGCUGCAGUAUGACUCUAUUAGCCGGGCUGGAUUCAGCGUGUUUGAGAAAUUGCAGAAAGCCGGAAUCAAUCCAGAUGAGUAUAUCAGCUUUUUCAACUUGAGGAGCUACGACCGCAUCAAUAUGGCUGCAUCGGAGAAGGUUGACAAUUGUAUCAGCUUAUUCGGCCUCCAGAUACCAAUGCCACAGGUCCAGGCGCGUAGGUCUACACCUAGAAGCACCAACUGGGACAGCGUCAGCUCAUGCUACAUGCUCGGUGGUGACGAUAUCAGGAAUGUUCCCUUGCCCGCCGACGCCUCUGUCCCUGAGAUCGAUGCCUUCGUGAGCGAGGAGCUAUACGUCCACUCCAAGUUGCUUAUUGCUGACGACAAAGUGGUAAUCUGUGCUUCUGCCAACCUCAAUGACCGGUCCCUCAAAGGGAGUCGUGACUCUGAAAUGGGACUUGUUGUGGAAGGAGGCGAGGCCCUGGCGACAACGAUGCAUGGCCAACCUUUUCAAGCCAGCAAGUUUGCUGCUACGUUGCGCCGGUACCUCUAUCGCAAGCACCUUGGUCUUCUGGAACCUCAGGACAUGCGCAAGCCUGGUGGCCACUUUAUGCCUGCGCCUGUGCCAAAUGACCAUGACUACGACUCCAAAGAGGACCAGCUUGUCUCGGAUCCACUGAGUGACAAAUUCUUGCAGCACUGGAGUGAUGUCGCGCGUGAGAAUACCGCUGCUUUUAAAAAGGUAUUCGCCCCAGUUCCGGAUGACUCGAUCAAAAGCUGGCUGGAGUACGAUGAGCUCUUCUGGAAGCGUUUUACUGGGCCGGAUGGGUUUCACUUCGGGCAAUGGGGACAUGUCGAGAAGAGCAACUUCUCGAGUGGUGACGAGGGGGUCAAAGAGGUCAAGGAAGAACUGGCAAAGAUCAGGGGAACCCUAGUUGAGAUGCCGCUGCAGUUCCUGGUGAAUUCGAAUAUCCAGAUUGAAGACGUGGGAUACGAUAUCAUCACCAGGCAGGGGUACGUCUAG